UUGGCAACACUGUCAGUAGAUGUUUUGGUUGAGGCAGCUCCAAUAUGGCAAUGUACCUCUGUUGUUUUCGUCAUUUAUGUGGUUCAGCGCCCCAUACUAGUGUACCCAUUAGGACUACACCCACCAUUAUACUCGAUACCGGGUAUAUGGGACAUGAAGUAGUAAUCGUUAAAAAUGGCAUCAGAAUUUGUGGUACUGGUGGUGCACUUGGCAACAUUCCCAUCCUACAGAACAAAGCUUAUUUUGAGGUGAAAUUACAACAAUCAGGGGUGUGGGGCGUAGGCAUCGCAACACGCAACACCAACCUCAACAAAGUACCUCUGGGGGAAGACGCUCAGUCGUGGGUGUUGUGUUCUGACGGCACCGUGCGACACAACGGCGAGGAAAAGUACAAAAUUGGCGACAUACCACAAGAAGGAGAUAUAAUGGGCAUUACUUACGAUCACGUCGAAUUGAAUUUCUACAUCAACGGCAAACCCACGAACACGCCGGUCACCAGCUUUAAGGGAACGGUGUAUCCGGCUCUGUAUGUCGACGACGGAGCCAUAAUGGACGUCAUCUUCGAGAACUUCAGCCACGGUCCACCUUCAGGGUACGAUUCUAUUAUGGUAGAGAAAUCUUUGUUGGAAAACGAUUAAUGAUAACCGUACGUCCAUCUCUAUCUUCCACUCCUCCUGUGUGUGUGUCUGUCCCAUAUAGUUCAUCCUUGACCUAAACAAUGGUAAAUAAUAUCAGAUUUAUCCCCGAGUGAUCGCUAGGAAUAUUCAUAUCAUAUCUUUAAACUUUGUGAGUUUCCCCUUUGUAUAAUCUCAAAGUUUAUGAUCAUUACAAACCCAAAUUGAAAAGUUGACUUGAUUUCUUAUGUUUAUAUUAUGGGAGAGCUUAAUUGGACAAGGGUUUAACGUGCUUAUUAACGAUGUGUAAUUCAUGGAUCGUUGGUGGAUAUAGUGAUUCCAGAGGUGAUUGGGGGCUUGUGGUAUGUGAUAGCUUUUGUGUGGUACGUGUCUGUGGCGGCAGUCUGGUGUAGAUGAUUGAGUCGGGUGCAGGAGACGAUGUAUUGUGGGGCAGUGCAGUUGUGUGUAAUGCUUCAGGUUGGUACAGUAGUGGGAUUACCUGAAGGUUAAGCCCCCCCUCCCCCCGCAUGUGGUGCCGCCUCCGAGCUGAAUAAAAUCCGUCUGGAGUUGGUUCAAUAGACAGUAGCGUCCCUGUAGUGAAGAGGUUCAGCCCACCCAUCUCAUUUCACCUAAAAUUUAUCACUAAUGGUAACCUAACCAUCUCAUGUUAAUACUUCUCAUUAAUGUUAACCUAACCAAACACCCAGAGUAGUGUUAGGGUGUUUCAUCAUCAGCUGAGGAGUUAAUCUCCAGGUAAUCCCAGCAGAGUUUGUGUUGUGGUCUUAACAUAAUAAACAAUAUUUCUCUCCCUCGUGCUUGCGGUAUUUACUUAUCCCUUGUGUUAAUAUCUGGCCAGAGUAAAUGAGCAUUACAAUUAUUUACUUGGCCAUUUUGCUUCAGUUCUUCAUAAUGUAUCUUGUGUUAUGACCUCAUGUUGGGAGUGUGGGAAACAGAUCUGUCUAUACUGUACUCUACUUGUGAAUGUCUUAGCAGGCUUCAGUGUAAACCAUCAAUUUAUGUGAUAUUUAUGUAACAAUAUACAUUCUCUAACCAAAAAUUUGAAUAUGUGAUCUUUAAUUGUAUUGUAUAUAUAUUGAACUGUGGUAUUGUAAUUUAUGAAAAGGCAUUACAAAAAUAAAUUUCCUUUGUCAGUAAA